UUUGACAUUUGAUGUUAAAAGUUCCUGACGCGUAAAACAGUAUUUUCAGAAAAUGGAGUGAUCCCCCCUGCGUGGCAGAACUUUGAUUGAGUUGAUUCAGUGAAAAGUUUGGUUGUAAAAGACACUUUAAACAACUUGCGUUGGUCAUUCUUUGCAGCGUCGGCAGUAACACCACGUCAUUGUGUCAAACAACUCCCAUUUUUCCUCCCUGUUGGACCCACAUCCACAGUUUAGGAACAACUGGAUACAGAUUUGUUUGGAUCAGAAGCGCAAAUCAUGAUGACCGGAUUUCGACUGAACUUGUCGCCGCUGAAGGAGCCUCUGGGCUUCGUCAAACUGCUGGAGUGGCUCACGGCCAUAUUUGCUUUUGGAAGCUGCAGCGGAUACUCGGGGAGGAACAUCAUAUCUCUCUUCUGCGGCGAUGGCAGGAAUGAAACUCUCAACGCCAACUUUCACUACCCAUUUAGGUUGAGUGAGGUCCCGCUCAUCGAGGGAAACGCCACUAUUUGUAACCACUCGGCCACGACGACACACAUGGUGGGAGACUCGGCUUCCUCAGUGGAGUUCUUUGUGGGCAUCGCCAUCGUCUGCUUCCUGUACAGCAUGGUGGCUCUGUUGGUGUAUUUAGGCUACAUGCACGUCUACAAGGACUCUGACUUUGGACCCAUUUUUGACUUUGUGAUCACAGCGAUCCUGGUCUUUCUGUGGCUGGUGUGUUCGUCCGCUUGGGCGAAGGGCCUGCAGAAUUUGAAGCAUGCCACGGACACUGAUGGCAUCAGCGCCACGCUGGCAAUGUGCAAGGGGAGCAACAUCACCUGUGAGGUCACAGAGUUCGCCAGCAUGCGGCCCCUCAACAUCUCUGUGGUGUUCGGCUACCUCAACAUGUUUGUGUGGGCGGGCAACGCCUGGUUUGUGUACAAGGAGACCCGCUGGCACUCCCAGAAAUUCUCUUCUCAGCCCGGACUUGGAAGGCAACAGGUCCCCGCACCCAUAUAAAGCAACACAUACACAGGGUCACAUACAGUACAUGUACACACCACACUUAGAACAGACACAAUUUGAGCUUAUGCCCAUGCAUCACAUGCAAGAAGACAUCAUUACACACAAAAAGCUCUGUGAAGAUGAUGGGAGGGACAAAAUGAAGGAGAAUUUGAUAGAUGUUCUGUUUAAAACCUGAUGGAUUUGGAUAUAUAUAUAUAUUGGAUUAGGACCUUAUCAACAGUCACAGCUGUGUAAUUAGAACGCAGAGCUUAAUUGGCAUUUUGUAACCCAAAAUGUCAUAUUUCUCGUACAUUCGCUGCAUACUUGAACUGAGAUCAGUUCUAAAAGCGAUGUAAAUUUCCCAGGAUAUUUCCUCUAAGCACCAGGAGGCUGAGGGAGUUUUCAAACUCAUGUUUAUGUUUAAAUUAGCCUUUGUUUUUGUUUUUUACCUGUUUCAUAUACUAUAGCAACACCAAUGCAAUUAGUAUGUCAAAUCCUUUUAAAGGUGCCUUAUUACAAUAAUUCCGAGUUGCUUUAGUAAGCAGAUACAUGCACAGACGACGACCAAAUGUGUUAGUAUUUGAAACUUUACAGCAGCAUUAUGGCUCGUGAGUCUCGGGAGAGGGGUUUCCUUACUUCUCUGGUUCAUUUUAUUGUGCUUUAUUAUAUACUGAUGAAUGUAAGGUACUUUGAACUCUUUGUCUAUGACGUAAAACCAACCACAAGGAGACAGAUUGUAUUGUUUUAACAUCUGCUGCAAUACCGAUAAUGUGAUCAAGGUGUUCAGGGUAGCAGAGAAGGUGUCUGAGGUGCACUAUGAAGUCAUACUCUAUAGUUCCAUAUCAGAAAUUGACAUUCAUUGUAAUAACAUACAGUAUAUUGCAUACAUUUGAUAUUGGCCUUCCAAUCGAGCCAUUAAUUUGCAUCUGCGUUAAAUGUGUUAUGUAUACCUUUUUUUAUAUUAUUUUUUAGAUUUAAAGCACUUUGUGCAUCUUGAAAAUGACUCACUUAAAUAUUCAUUCAUUCUUUUCAUUCAUAGGCUCUCUCACAGUUAUGCCCUCUAGUGGUGGGCAUAGUUACAAUUUAGUGCAGAGGCGUGCUCUUUUCAGGAGGCACACAAGAUGAGGUGAAUCCUCAGUCAGCUAAAUCUGUGGACAGGUUAGAUUAAACCUCAACGCAUUUCCGACAUGGACUGUGUGUAAAAUCGCCUCCAACCCAAAUAUCAGUUUGUACUUUGUAUAAUCAGUGUGUAUGAUGUUCUUAUCAUGCACCAGUGUAAUCAUAUGGUACUUAAUAUGCUUUUAUGAUGUCCCACAAGAGUGUACAUUUAUAAUGACCACUUGAUUGAAAGUUGCCGACUUAAUUAGUUUAAGAAAUUCUUGCUGUUUCUAGUUUUUCAAUUCCUCUGUGUCCGAAGGCUUUGAUUUAUACAGGCUGAACUAAGGUACCAGAUGAAGGUUAAAUCCUUCCUUGAUUGUCUAAAGAACACUCUGCCAAAGCACAAUUUGUUUAAGUAUAUUCCAUAUCUCCAUGUGAUAUUAAAUCAGUUAUUUUGUUGUUGUUCAAAACAGUCCGUCGUGUUUUUUGAUUGUCGUGUGUUUUUUAUAAAUCACUCGAACAGUGUAGUGUUUUAUAAACUGUCACUUUUUUGUCUUAUUUUUCAUUUCCAGCAUAUGUCGAUGAUUAUUUGAUUUGAAGGAAGUUUAAGUUUUUUUUAUGUGUUGCCUUUUGAUAUAAUAAAAACUGUAAGUGAGAUGAUGUGAAUUCAUUUAACUCCGCCGAAAGUUAAAUGCGUGUGUGGUGUACUGGUUAUGCCUCUGCAUUCUUAUAAUCAUCAUCCAACUCGCUAUAGCUUUGUCAAUGAUUCCUAUGCAUUUAACCUGCCAAACUGUCUUAUUCAAGAGACACAUACACUCUGUGACAUGCACAAUUUCAAUGUACCUUUGUUUUUUUCAAUAAAAAUGAAUGAUUUGUU